AUGAGAGAGUAUCGAUAUGCUGUUAGAGGGGGAGGGUGGAUGGAGGUCAAAAACAGAAGACUAUUUCACAGUUGGAAACCUCGGUGGGAUACGGUUCCCUAUGGUGGAAAAAAUUUGAACUUUAAGGGGCUGAAGGAGAAACUAGUGAAUUCUAUUUACUUUUCUAAAAUUCUUGAAUUCUCUGUGUCUAAGGAGUUGUUCGAGUUGUUUGGGUGUAUUGGUAGAGUGGUAGAGGUUUCAAUUUCACCAAGGAGGAACAAUAUUGGGAAGAGGUUCGGCUUUGCGAGAUUCGUGGAAGUGGAGGAUGAGCGUUUGUUGGCGGUGCGGAUAGAUAAUGUGAUCAUUGAUGGUAAGAAAAUUCAUGCUAAUAUACCGCGGUAUCAGAGGAAUGUUGCUGUUGGAGGCUCUAAGGGUAAGGAGAAAGAAGUGGUUUUUGUUAAUCACAAUGUGGUCAGGAAGGAGAUGUGGAGGGAUAAUCGGAGUUUCGCUGAGGUUGUCAACAAGGAGAGGGAAAACUGUAGUCGUAAGAAAGAAGAACAAGGGCUGAGUUUCUGUUACAUGUCGAAGGAAGAGGAUAGGAUGAGGUUAAACAAAGCUUACGUUUGUAAGGUUAUUGUACCGGGUUCGGCAUAUAAUAUUCAGACUCACUUCGAGAUGGAAGGCUUUUUCGCGAUUAAAGUUUCUCUGAUGGGUGGUAAUUUGUGUUUGCUGGAGGAGAUGGAGGAGGGGUAUAUUGAAGACCUUAUCGGAGAAGGCGAGACGUGGUGGAGGACUUGGUUUACAGAGAUAAAGAAAUGGGAGGAUGCUAAAGUCGAUGAUAGUAGAGUGGUGUGGAUUCGAAUCUUCGGAAUUCUGGCUCAUGCUUGGUCUUCUGACUUUUUUAUGGGGAUAGCUGACACGAUGGGAACUUUUGUGUGCAUAGAUGAACAUACUUCGAAAGGCAAUUUCUGGACGUUGCGAGAAUAA